AUGGGCAGCCUGGAAAAUCCCUACACGUCGACCUCGAGCGGUCUGAAUGCCACGGAGCGCGUGGUGAAGAAGCGAGCGUCCCAGGCAUGCCACCACUGCAGGACGCGGAAGGUCAAGUGUGAUCUCGUCAAAUCCGGCAUUCCCUGCCACAACUGCUCCUCCGACGGCAUCGAAUGCGUCAUCCUCGAGUCGAAGCGGAGCAGGAAGUACCGUCUUCAGAAACGCCAGUUGAGCAGCCUGGUGUCACUGCCCCCGAUCUCCCAGGCACAACCGAGAUCGACGUCGGAUUCCACAUCUUCAUACCGGCCGAAUCAUGGACCAAACGACAUCGACACCUUUGACGGCACGACUGCCCCGGCGAACCAGGAUGCCGGUGCGCUGGCCACGGAAGGCUUGAGGACGGACGUUCGCUCAGUCCACACCACCCCGAUCAUUCCCUCCUUCAUACCCAACAGCUUCCAGAGCCCUACCGCCAUCACCCCCAACACCAGCGUCGGGGCACAGAGCCAGGUAGGCGCGACUUCGACCGUCUCCAACCGACAACAGCCGGCGUUCGAGCUUCCAGCGUAUAUCCGUCCUUCGCGACCAGAUAUCCGGCAGGAUGACUUGGAGUUUCUGUGUCGGCGCGGCGCGUUGAGCACCCCGGUGGGCGAGCUCCGCGAUCAACUCCUCCACUGUUUUGUGCUCUACGUCUAUCCCUUCAUGCCCAUUGUCGACCUCGAGGAUUUCAUGGGCGCCCUCGACGGCAACGACGCCUCGCCAAAGAUUAGCUUGAUUGUGUUUCAGGCGGUGCUGUUUUCCGCCACGGCCUACGUCGACUUGCCGCUUCUCCAGGAAGCAGGCUACGAAAACCGGAGGGCCGCGAGGGCCGACUAUUAUCAGAAGGUCAAGCUCCUGUACGACUUCGACUGGGACGUGGACCGCAUAGCUCUCAUCCAAUCACUGCUCAUGAAGAAUUACUGGUACGUUUCGGAGAACGACCAGAAAGAUCCCUGGCACUGGCUCGGGAUAUGCGUCUCGCUCGCCACGAGCAUCGGCUUGAACCAGCCCUUUACCUACACGCAAAAGGACGCCAAGACGGCCGCUCUGUGGCGACGCAUCUGGUGGUGUUGUCUAUACCGCGACCGGGUCAUCGCGAUCAGUAUGCGGCGGCCCAUGCGGAUCAAGAACGAAGACAUCCGGCUCUCGCUGCUCGGUCUCAACGACUUCGAAACCAAGUCCGUCACGUCGGCCAUUCCGUGCCUGAGAGACUGCGACUUUCUCACCGACGCGUAUACUAGGACCAUGUUGGCCGAGAUGUGCAUGGAGAAGAUCAAGCUGCUGGUGUUCGUCGGACAAAUCCUGCGAGAUUUCUACCAUUUGCGUGGCUUCGGCGGCUCGACCGCGGAGUCGACCAUGCUCUACACCCCGAGACGGUCCGAAGUCAACUCGAAGCAGUAUCUCGACCUGCAACACGCGCUGGACCAAUGGUACCGCAACCUGCCACCCAGUUGCUGGUUAGUGACAGGCACCAGCAACGUCGACCCCGACACGUCGACCGCCGACGCACUCUUGGUUCACAGAUCAGUCUUGAGAAUGCUCUACCUGAUGGCGACCGAAGCGCUCAACCGACCGCAGUCCCUGUCGAAACCUUCCGGCGGCUCGGGCAACAGUCCGACCUCCAAAGUCAAGGAGGCCGCCGAGAAGAUCGCCGAGAUGGUCGAGUCGAUGCAGGAGAAGGAUCUCAUCCGAUUCCUGCCUCCGCUCUCCGUGAGCUUCAUGCUCCUCGCGCUUGCUUCCUUCCUGGUGGACAUCAAAGCCAAGGGACAGACCGUGGGGGCGCUGCCCGGCCAACAAUUCCACGUCUGCGUGCGAGCCAUGCUGCGGCUUCGCGAGAUCUGGCCCAUCGCCGACGCGGCCUGCUUCCUCAUCGGCCAAAUGAUCACCAAACACCAAGUCGGCAAGAUCUCGACGCCAGGCAUCCAGCCCACGCCCAUGGACGCAAGCGACGCGCCGACAAACGUGUGGCGAAAUCCCGACACCCCGCGCCCGAACCACCCAACACAGACUCCCGCGCCGCUGCCAUACGGAGACUUGGAUGGUGCCACGGCGGUCGCAUUCACGUCGUCGGCCCUCGAUCAACCUCCCUUCCAGGCAUCCAGGGAUCCCGGAAUGGUGCAGCCGGGCAUGACGGCACCGAUAUCAUCGUCAUCGUCAUCAUCAGCAGCAGCAGCCGCUGCGUUGGCCCAAGAAAACUUCGCCCUCCCGUAUAUGUGGACCGAGGAGGAUUUCGAGGGCGACUACGGUUCCAUGAUCGAAGCGCACGCCCUGAACAUGGAUCUCGCCAUGCCGGACGCCGACGUGUUUGCGUAUUUCGAGAACGGCACGUUUGGCUUCAACUUUGAGCCGUCGCCGAACAACGAGCACGCCGGUGGUGGUGGCGGUGGUGGAGGAGGAGGAGGCCACGUCGACGCCAUGUUGGCCUCGUAUCCUUCACAGACACAAGCACAAGGACAAGCACAGGUACAUGCACCACACGCACCGGGCCAGCAGCACCAGCACCAGCACCAGCACCAACGGCCGUCCGUGUCGUCCGUGUCGUCCAUGGCGGGCCAGAGCUGGAAUCCCGCCGUCGCAAGCCAGUAUAUGGAGACGUUCCGAUCCUCGCAGUCGAUAUGA